UGUUCCAGUUCGGCGUGAUGCCUCUGUUCGCCCGAUGCCUUGCCAGUUGAUUCGAUGCCCGCUGUCAUACCUGGUGACCCGAUGCCCGCUGUCGAGCCAGACGAUCCAAUGCCUGAUGACCCGGUGCCCGCAUUCAUGCCGGGUGACGCGGUGCCCGCUGGCGAGCCAAAUGACCUGAUGCCUGGUGACCCAGUGCCCGCUGUCAUACCUGGUGACCCGAUGCCCGCUGUCGAGCCAGACAAUCCAAUGCCUGAUGACCCACUGCCCGCGGUCAUGCCUGGUGAUCCGAUGCCCGCUGUCGAGCCAGACGAUCCAGCGCCAGAUGACCCG